GACGAAGAACUGCUGGCGUAAGGAUCAGUCACACACGCUCUCGAUCAUCGCGUGUUGCCUCGAGUAUUCCUAGAAGACAAUUGUCUGGUUGAUUUUCGUGACAAUUAAUCGUUUCAAUUGAAUUUUGUAACAAAAAAUGUCGACUGUUGCUAGUGCACUGGCUGUUGGCGGCUCCCGGCAAUCGGGAGCACCGGUGAGAACACAAAACGUCAUGGCGGCCUGUUCAAUCGCGAACAUUGUGAAGAGCUCGCUGGGACCUGUGGGACUCGACAAAAUGCUCGUGGAUGACAUUGGUGACGUCACCGUGACGAACGAUGGGGCAACGAUCCUCCGUCUCCUGGAAGUCGAGCAUCCAGCUGCUCGAGUCCUAGUGGAACUAGCUCAGCUCCAAGACGAGGAGGUGGGCGAUGGCACCACCUCUGUAGUCAUAAUCGCAGCGGAGCUCCUGAAGAACGCUGACGAGCUCGUUAAACAGAAGAUCCACCCCACCUCAGUCAUCUCGGGGUAUCGGCUAGCUUGCAAGGAGGCCUGCAAGUACAUUCAAGAGCACCUGACAGUCUCAGUGGAUGAACUCGGCAGGGACUGCCUCGUCAACAUCGCCAAGACCUCCAUGUCCUCCAAAAUCAUCGGAGCAGAUGCCAAUUUCUUCGGGAAUAUGGUUGUCGAUGCUGCUAAUGCUGUGAAGAUCAAUGAUGGAAAGGGGGGACACUUGUAUCCUAUCAAGGCUGUUAAUAUCCUCAAGGCACAUGGAAAAAGCGUCCGAGAGUCGAUCCUCGUCCAGGGAUACGCCCUGAACUGCACAGUGGCCUCUCAAGCCAUGCCCAAGAAGAUAACCCACGCCAAGAUUGCGUGUCUGGACUUCUCCCUGCAGAAGACAAAAAUGAAACUUGGGGUUGAGGUUCUGAUCACCGAUCCUGAGAAGCUGGAGGCGGUGCGUCAGAGGGAGAUCGACAUCACCAAGGAGAGGAUUCAGAAGAUCAUCUCGGCCGGGGCCAAUGUCGUCCUGCUCACUGGGGGCAUUGAUGACUUGUGCCUCAAGUACUUUAUUGAGGCUGGCGCCAUGACUGUCAGGAGGUGCAAGAAGGCGGACCUCAAGAGGAUUGCCAAGGCCACUGGAGCCCAGUUCCUGACUUCCUUGACGAAUAUGGAGGGCGAAGAGAGCUUCGAGGCUAGCUUCCUGGGGGAGGCUGCUGAGGUCGUUCAGGAAGUCGUCUGUGAUGAUGAGUUGAUACUCAUUAAAACCCCAAAAGCACGAACAGCAGCAUCAAUAAUCCUUCGUGGCCCCAACGACUACUACUGCGACGAGAUGGAGCGUUCAGUGCACGAUGCCCUCUGCGUGGUGAAACGAGUCCUCGAGAGUAAGAACGUGGUGGCAGGUGGUGGUUGUGUGGAGGCAGCCCUCUCAAUCUACCUCGAGAACUUCGCGACGUCCCUCAGCUCCAGGGAGCAGCUGGCAAUCGCCGAAUUUGCCCGUUCCCUCCUCGUCAUCCCCAAGACGCUGGCUGUGAAUGCAGCCCAGGACUCGACAGACCUAGUUGCUAAACUCCGGGCUUACCACAACUCCAGUCAGACCACUGUCGACCGUGCGAACCUCAAGUGGGUGGGGCUAGACCUCAUCGAGGGCGUUGUCCGGGAUAACAAGAAGGCUGGAGUCCUCGAGCCGGCUGUUUCGAAAAUAAAAUCACUGAAAUUCGCCACUGAAGCUGCCAUCACGAUCCUCCGAAUCGAUGACAUGAUCAAACUGGACCCUGAGCAGCGAGGCGGGAAGUCUUAUGGCGAUGCCUAUGCCGCUGGGGAGCUCGAGGGUUAAUUGAGGGGACAAAAUCAUCAAUUAAUCAUAAUUUUUUACGAAGGAAAUUCCAGUUUUCGAAGAACGCCUGGAGAAAUUCAGGAGUGAAGUGAAGAAAAUUGGAAAUAUCUCGGCGAUGAGGGGGUCUAGGGGAAAAUGUCAAGAGGCAUUUUUUUUGGAGAAGGAAAUUUCCCGAAAAAAAUGUUUCUUGGUAAAUUUCGAUGGACCUCUUCGUUCUCGAGAUAUUGACGAAAUGGUCUGGAUGUUUUUAGAUUAUUUCAUGCAUUCGUUUUGAAAUUUCACUUCACUACUGAAUUAUGUAUUACUUCUGCAUAUUAAUUAACAUUUACGGUUAAAUUGAUCAAACAUGCAUUUUUUUCAUUGAUGAGAAUGUUAAUUUAUCACGAAUUAUCGUGCUGGUAUUAACCAUUGAUGCCUAUUUGUGUAAGGACUUCACAGAUUACAAAUAAAUGCUUUUUUUU